AAAGAAAAACUGGGUAUAAAUUAAUGUAAUUGCACUAUUAGAUCCAAAUAAAUCUUUGAAAAUGAAGAUACAUAUUGCUUUUAUUUUAGUUUUUCUUCUUUAUUACAUCCAUAGUGUAAAGAGUUUGAAAUGUUACACAUGUUCCUGCACAGAAGACGAUGCAGACACUUCCUGUUUGGAUAAUUUGGGUGCAAAAGAGGGCGACAUAACAGAUUGUGACAAAAAAUACUGUAUUCUUGUUAGAAUUGAUUACAAGGACCCCAGAGGUAAACUGCAAUCUAUUUCAAGAAAUUGUGUCGACAAACCAGCCUAUAUACAUGAAGUAAUCGAAGACGAAACACACAUAGGAUACUUCACAGCCUGCAAAAGUGAUCUUUGUAAUGACGGUAAUGGUCAUAUAAACUCUUCUAGUGGUGAAACAGGAGUUUUCGGCGAUAAAUAAACAUCUAUUGUCCAGGUUCUGGUUUAAAUGAUGCCGUAGUUGCUACAGUAUUUUUAUUUGUUAAUCUAUUUGUUAUGGUUAUGUUGUAUUUUAUAAGAUAAUCUUUGUUCUGUAAAAUGUAUUAAUAAAAAUUUGUAUUUACAUACUUUAACGUGUAUUUUUAGGCUGUCUUUUAUAAAGAAAUAAAUUGUAUUCAAAUUA